UGUCGUAGCGAAACACUAAUUGAACUAAAAUCUUCGUAGAGUCGUUAAACAAACCAAUUCCGACAGACAAAACAAAAAGCUUAAAGCUUUUUCCGCGGCGAAACGCGUCCGAGUCAACUCAGAUCUCUGCACGCUCCAACUCGCUUCCUUUCUUCCACCGAAGAAGCGCUUGCACGGCGUUUUCGUGAAAACGCUGCCGUUUCUUGUGAUCUGAGCCAUCUGAAGUCGUUUCUUUUCUUUCAGUGAAUUGGAAAGUCAGUGACUUCAUAGUUUGAGCAGAGAGGGUUUUGGAACUCUACAGACAUGAGUUUUGUAUUCCGGGGUUCCAGGGCGGAUAUCGAAAGUGGAUUCCCAGAAUUUAUACCAGAGCGGCGUGCAAUGCGCGUUCAUCCACCACGCUCUGUCAAUUCCAACUCACUUGCUUUUCUUGUCACAGUUCUUUUGCUGUUCAUGAUACUGAACUCACACCAGAUGUCACCAAAUUUUCUGCUCUGGCUAGUUCUUGGUGUCUUUUUGAUGGCUACAACAUUAAGGAUGUAUGCAACCUGUCAACAACUUCAAGCUCAAGCACAGGCUCAUGUUGCGGCAGCCAGUGGCCUUCUUGGCCAUACUGAAUUGCGGUUGCAUAUGCCACCAUCGAUAGCCCUAGCAACAAGAGGGCGCCUUCAAGGCCUCAGGCUUCAGCUUGCACUUCUUGACCGGGAAUUUGAUGACCUAGAUUAUGAAACUUUGCGAGCUCUGGAUUCUGAUAAUGUUCCAGCAGCUUCUUCUAUGAGUGAGGAAGAGAUAAAUGCACUUCCGGUCCAUAAAUACAAGGUGCCAGGUCCUCAAAUUGGUGCUUCAUCAAUGCAACAAGCUUCAUCUUCAGCACCUGCUGAGAAGAAGCAAGAAACUGUCGACACGGUUGGGAGCACAAAAGCAGUGGAAGAUGAACUGACUUGUAGCGUUUGCCUGGAGCAAGUUACUGUGGGAGAACUAAUCCGCAGCCUUCCAUGCUUGCAUCAGUUCCAUGCUAGUUGCAUUGAUCCAUGGCUGAGGCAGCAGGGAACCUGUCCGGUAUGUAAAUUCCGAGCAGGAUCAGGGUGGCAUGAAAAUGGAGAAGCUGGAACGGAUGCUUCUUACAUGGUUUAAUUAUAACAGAGUAACUAGUAGAUGUACCUACCUGCAUAGUUAGGCACACUGAUGGAUCAGAUUCAAGGGUUAUGCCCAGCAUUGGCAUUGCUGUAAUUAUCUUGACAUUUAGGCAUUGAAAUGGCUAUAUUAUGCCCUCAAUACAACAAAUUUUGUGUAUUUUGAAAUCCGUAUAAAAAAGAUGCUCUUUGUAGACCACAUGA